CUUCGUCACCAACCUCCAGAACUCUCUCCGCAUUUUUUUUCCAGCCAAAAAAAAAAAACGACACCCCCCACCACCGGGAGACGCCGUCGUUUUGGCGCCGGUGCCUCCGCCUCCGACGAAAUUUCCCUCCUUUCUCACAAAAAUGGCGCGAAGCGUCGGGUUCUCUCUGCCGGUGACCGUCGUCGUUGUCGCCAUCGGCUACAUCUACUUCUCCACCGUCUUCAUUUUCGUAGACCGGUGGUUCGGUCUGUGGUCGUCGCCGGGGUUAAUGAACGCCGCCAUUUUCACCGCCGUGGCCGCCAUGUGCGUCUACAACUACUCCAUCUCCGUGUUCCGGGAUCCGGGUCGGGUCCCCUCCACGUACAUGCCCGAUGUCGAGGAUUCCGAAAACCCUAUCCACGAGAUCAAGCGCAAGGGAGGGGAUUUGAGAUAUUGCCAAAAGUGUUCUCACUAUAAGCCAGCUCGUGCACAUCAUUGUCGUGUAUGCAAGAGAUGCGUUUUACGAAUGGACCAUCAUUGCAUAUGGAUUAAUAAUUGCGUCGGCCAUGCAAACUAUAAGGUCUUCUUUGUGUUCGUUGUGUAUGCUGUUAUAGCAUGCCUAUAUUCCCUGGUGUUGCUAUUGGGUAGUCUGGCUAAUGAUUUUGAAAAGGAUGAGGAGCAAAGUGCAGACUCUUUUACAACUGUAUAUAUCAUUUCUGGGCUAUUGCUAUUUCCCUUGUGUGUAGCACUGAGUGUUCUAUUAGGUUGGCAUAUCUACCUCAUUUUGCAAAACAAGACCACAAUUGAGUACCAUGAAGGGGUAAGAGCUAUGUGGCUUGCAGAGAAAGGAGGACAAAUCUAUUCACAUCCAUAUGAUCUUGGUACCUAUCAAAAUUUGUCAAUGGUACUGGGUCCAAAUAUCUUUAGUUGGUUACUCCCCACAUCAGGACAUAUUGGAUCAGGACUUCGCUUUCGUACAGCCUACGAUUACCCUUCCAGUGGUUCAACGUCAAAAUGAAAUUUUCUUGGUCCAUCAUCUUGGAGUGCAUUGGUAGGAAAAGGCUUGCCUAGUGUGAUGGAUUAUAUAGGGUUUGAUGUCGUGCGGUGAUGUCUGGCAGUCCUUUUCAAAUGUCCUCCUUGGAGUCGCUCCAAAACAAGAAAAGGGCUUUUCUUUGUCUCCUACUAAUGCAAAUCACGGUCUUGGGGAUCCUGAAACUGUUUCCUUUCAAGUAGCACGAUUUUAUGGAAGCAAUGGAGUAUAGGGUCCUUGACUCCUUGUCCAUAGCCAAACCUAGUCAGUCUUUGAGAAACUAGACAAAAGAUAUUUCUCCUUUUGUUCGGGUAGUUACUCCAAAAUUAUAGUUUACACUUUACAAAAUGGUCUCAGCUGAUAGGUUUGUACAGAGAGGGUAUCAGCAUUCCAGCUUAACAUUAUGUAGAGGAGACGGGGCUGCCUGUGUAACUUAGAAGAGUUGUAAUCCUUUGUAACAUGAAACAAUAAUGGAAACGAUGGUUCACUUAUUGGUUUUCAGAAUCGUUGUGUUCAAUUGAUGCUAUAAAGUUUGAGGAUCAAA